UGAAAACCAUCUCAGAGGAGGAAGCCCUUGACCGGGAGGUGAAGGCUGCAAAGGCUGAUUGACGGGGCGCUGGGUGCCAAGCCUGCCCCGGACACCCUGGCACCAUGGGCCCACUGCUCCUGGUCCUGCUGUACCCGCUGUCCUGCGUCUCCGGGCUGCCUUUCUACAAUGGCUUCUACUACUCCAACCAUCCCAGCUCCUGGAACAGCCACGGCGAAGGCAUCUUCAAUGGGGUGAAGCUGGUGGUAGAGACGCCCGAGGAGACCCUGUUCUCCCACCCAGGGGCCAACGUGACCCUGCCCUGCCGCUACCACUACGAGCCAGCCCCGCUGUCCCCGAGGUCCGUGCGUGUCAAAUGGUGGAAGCUGUCGGAGAACGGGGCCCCCGAGCUGGAUGUGCUGGUGGCCAUCGGGCUGAGGCACCGCACCUUCGGGGACUACCGAGGCCGGGUGCACCUGCGGGAGGAUGGGGAGCGAGAAGCGUCGCUGCAGAUCCGGGACGUGCGGCUGGAGGACUCCGGGCGCUACCGCUGUGAGGUCAUCGACGGGCUGGAGGACGAGAGCGGCCUGGUGGAGCUGGAGCUGCGGGGUGUGGUCUUUCCCUACCAGCACCCCCGAGGGCGCUACCAGCUCAACUUCCAUGAGGCCCAGCGGGCAUGUGAGGAGCAGGACGCGGUGGUGGCCUCCUUCGAGCAGUUGUUCCGGGCCUGGGAGGAGGGCCUGGACUGGUGCAAUGCGGGCUGGCUGCAGGACGCCUCGGUGCAGUACCCCGUCACGCGAGCCCGGCAGCCCUGCGGCGGCCUGGGCCUGGCCCCCGGCGUGCGCAGUUACGGCCAGCGUCACCACCGCCGGCACCGCUAUGACGCGUUCUGCUUUGCUCCUGCCCUCAGGGGGCAGGUGUACUACCUGGAGCUCCCUGAGAAGCUGACCCUGGCAGAGGCAAAGGAGGCAUGCCGGGAAGACGGCGCCCGCAUUGCCAAGGUGGGCCAGCUCUUUGCCGCCUGGAAGUUCCGCGGCCUGGACCGCUGUGACGCUGGCUGGCUGGCGGAUGGCAGUGCCCGCUACCCCGUGGUUCACCCGCGUCCCAACUGUGGGCCCCUGGAGCCCGGCGUCCGAAGCUUCGGCUUCCCGGACCCGCAGAGCCGCGAGUACGGCGUGUAUUGCUACCGACGGCGCUAGUCCCUGGAGGGGUUGCCCCGCUCUGGCCCCUCCCGUCUCACGCUGUAUUUAUUGAGUGGGUGAUUUUCUCUCGGGGGUUGGGGCAAUUUUUGUAUUGUUUUUAUACUUCGCAAGUUAAAUUUUUUUUAAUUACUUUUUUUUUUUUUUUUGUAAAUCCAACAUUGCAAAUCCUCCCUUUGUUCUGGUGGAUACCCCAAGGCUCCCCGCUUCUGGGAAGCCCUCUGCCCCUCUCCUCCAGGCCGGUGGAGGUUCGUGGGCUCACAAGGGCUCUCUAGCGUCACUGAGCGCUGCCCUGAGCGUACGAUGACACGUGGUGGCUGCAGCGUCCCCCGCACCUCAGCCUGGGGGAGGGCAAGGGUGUCCAGGGGACCCUGGAGCUGGGCAUCGUGGUCUCCUGCCUCUUCCUCCCCCUCUGCAGAGCUGCUGGCCCAAGUCAGCAAGGCUGAGGAGCUAGCGCUCGAAGCAGGUCCCCAGGCUUCUACGUGAAGUCCCAGGAAAGGGAGAAAUUUCUCUCUCCAAAAAGUCUGUAUUUUGUUCUCCUUUCCCCCUGCUCAGGGAGUGGUCCUCAGGGGCGUGCGUCUCUUUGGACAGUAAAUGGUGCUGUGACCCCU